GGUCUAAAAAACCAUGUGACUUCUGUUCUCCAAUCAGUCUUCAUCUCUUCAUACUGACUUCAUCCUCAAGAAAGAAAUAAAAUAUUACGCUUGUGCCUGAACCAUUGUAGCUUUAUCUUUUGAUAUGUGCUGAUGUUUUUUGGAAACUUCACUCUUCAGGCACUUUGGACUCAUUAAUUCACCUGCUGGGAGGCCACGCCCCCACCUGCACCACCUGCUGCCCCUCCAACUGUCAUGACAUUAGAUUACGACUACGAGUCUCACUUACAGUUAGUUUGCUAAAAUUUUGACUUUCCAAACCUUCUUCUCAAACCUUUUCGACUUCCUCUCGACUUUAUUGUCAAAACCAAGAACUUUAUCUUGAAAUAUUUGGACUUUUUGUUACUCGUUGCAAAGUUAAAGUCCUGCCUCCUGCAGGACGAGCGCGAUCAGGCUUUCGGAGGUGUGAUCACACUCCUCGCUCAGUGUUUUAAAAGUGAGCCACAAAGCUGCUCUUAACUGUCCUGAGUUCAGCCUCAGUGAGUCACUUUUCACCAGCAUCACCAGCAUCACCAGCAUCAACAGCAUCGACGCUCCGAAGUUCUACAAUGCACUCCUCAUCCUCACCCUCAUCCUCAUCCUCCUGCUCCUCCCCUCUCCUCCUCCUGCUCCUCCUCCUCCCUCCGUCUCUGGGUUGUCAGACCAGCUCCUUCACCGAGUGCAAUCAGGUUCCGUUCGUACCGGGUCACAAUCUGGUUGGUGAAGGUUUUGAUGUGUUAAAGAUGAAGACCAGCGGAGCCAGCGUGGUCGACGUCAAGAACUACAUGGUGGGAGGAGUCAAGGGGAACUGCACUGUGUGCCACAACCACCUCCUCAACCAGACCCAGAAGCUCCCCGUGUCCGUGGUGGACUGGAGGAUCAAGGUGCAUUGCCGCCGCAGCCUGAGCAGUAAGAUCUUUGAGUCCAGCCAGUCCGUCAUGAAAGAGAAGAGUUCCUCUCUGGGAUCCAGCUGGAAGAUAGGCCUCGGUAUUCCUGGACUCGGAGGGUUAGCAGUUGGAGGAUCUCACUCCGUCUCAUCACAGUUUGCAGAGAGUCACAGCAGGAAAGACAAGUUCUCCUUCACCACCCACGACUUGCAGUGCAAAUACUACACAUUCCGCCUUCACUCCCGUCCUGCACUGAGUAAAGAGUUUGAGGUUUCCCUGAAGAACCUUCCCUCCACCUACCACCACAAGAACACCUCAGCUUUCAAACAGUUCAUCUCCGUCUACGGCACCCACUUCAUCCGCAGAGUUCACCUCGGGGGUCAGGUUCACUCCAUCACGGCUAUCCGGACCUGCGAGGCCGCCAUGAGCACGAUGUCCAUCCAUUCCGUUAGCAACUGCCUGUCCGUCGAGGCUAACGCCAACAUCAAAGGCAUCAGUGUCAGCGCUGCCUCAAACUUCUGCCGCAACAAGAGCAAGAAUCUAAAAAGUGGAGCAACUUUCAGCCAGGCCUUCUCCGACCGCAUAACCGAGGUUUGGGGAGGAAAUGGGGAUGUGGGGGACAUCCUGUUCGCCCCCAACAAUGCCGCAGGGUACAACAAGUGGCUUAGGUCUCUGAAAAGGGUCCCAGGUGUGGUAUCCUACCAGGUCAGCCCCCUGCACUUACUGGUGACAGACAACCCCAUUCUGAAGUCGAGCCUACGCCACGCCAUCAGCGACUACCUCCGCAAAAACGCCAAAUCGCUCAAGUGCCCGUCCAGCUGCAAGAUCGGCAACCAGAACAACAACUGUGCCUGUCACUGCAAAGGACAUCGCAUGGUGAACUCCGACUGCUGCCCUGCCGAGUAUGGUGUGGCCCGGAUGAACGUUACGGUGGUUCGAGCCGAAGGGCUGUGGGGAGACUAUUUCAGCAAGACGGACGGGUACGUUAAGGUUUACUAUGGUAAGCAAAUUGCCACAACCCCUGUGAUCUGGAACAACGACUUCCCCUCCUGGAACUACCUCAUUCGCUUUGAGACUGUCAACCUGCGGCACAGAAAACCAAUCUCAUUUGAGGUUUGGGACCGGGACAACAGAUGGGACGACGAUCUGCUGGGACGUGUGAAGCUCAUCCCCACAGUGGGCCACAACGUCAACGGGAAGUAUAGGCUGAAUCAUGGCUCGCUGUUUGUCCAGACAUCUGUAGUGUGUGCUCCCAGCCUGCAGGGGUCACUGUGUGAGCAGUACGCCGCCACGCCGAGCUACAAGAGCGUGAUGGGAUACGUGAAGGAGGACCAGCAGGAGCACUGAGGUUCAGAGCGUCCGGUCCUGGAGCUGAGAAGUAAAGAACGUUAAGCUGCUCUCCUUUCAGAUGCUUGUUGUUAUUAAAGUGUUUUAUCAUCUGUUGUAAACUGUGGCAUCCACCAAUAAAGCAUGUUGACAGAG